ACAAAAUUUCGAAAUAAGUUUCAUUGACCAAUAACUACGGUCUAAGUAUAACUAUUUUUAUAAGUUGUUGAUGUAUUACAUUAGUUAUGUUAUGAAGAAUCGAAUUCAAUUGAUACAUUUUUACCUCCAUAAUAAUUGUCGAUAAGAAAAUUGAUAAGAGUAAAAAUUAUUUUACCUCCAAAGAAUGUGUAUCAACUUUGUUAUCAUGGUUCUCGUGAACAAAUUGUGAUAACUCCAAAAUUUUUUUUUUCACUUUUCGGCGUUGUUGUGGAGAAUUAAUUAACAAACAUGCCAAAAGUAUAUAAGCCAGAUCCGCGCGGCAAGCGUUAUCAAAAACCUAACAAAUCUGAUUUAACUAAUGCUGUUGCUGCUGUCAAAUUCAAGAAGAUGUCCUACAGAGAAGCUGAGUCAGUUUACGGUAUCAAUUAUUCAGUUAUUUACAGACAUGUUAAAAACCCGGAGAUCAAAACACAAGGAGGCCAAACAUCACUUUCUAAAGAAGAAGAGAAUUUAAUUGUAUCAGGUAUUUUGUUAUGCGCUGAAUGGGGUUAUCCGUUUGGCAGAUUCGAUUUAAGAUUAUUAGUUAAUGGAUACCUUGAACGCCGGGGAAAAAAGGUUAAAAGGUUUAAAAAUGGUACUAUGCCUGGUCGAGAUUGGGCAGAUAGUUUUCUCACCAGACAUAAAAAUAUUUUAGCUGUUAGAAUGUGUCAGAAUAUAAAACGUUCUCGGGCAGGUGUUACAAGAAGUACAAUCAAUUCAUAUUUUGAUAACCUUACAAAUUCACUUGAUAGUGUACCACCAUCUAAUAUAUUAAAUUACGAUGAAACAAACUUAACAGAUGACCCCGGUCGUCGAAAAAUUAUAACUAAACGUGGUACAAAGUAUCCAGAAAGGGUAAUGAAUAGUAGUAAAACAUCAAAUUCUAUCAUGUUUGCUGGUACGGCAGAUGGUAUAUUGCUCCCACCUUAUACUGUUUAUAAGGCAAAAACAAUAUCUGACAGUUGGCGCUUAGGUGGUCCAAAAGGAUCAAGAUAUGCAUCAAGCCAAUCUGGAUGGUUUGACAGUUACUCAUUUGAUGACUGGAUUAAAAGUAUUGCUAUACCAUACUUGAAAAAAUUACCUGGGAGAAAGAUAUUAAUUGGUGACAAUUUAUCCAGUCACAUUUCAAUGGAAUCAAUUAAAGCUUGUAAAGAACAUAAUAUUUCAUUUGUUUUUUUACCUGCAAACUCUACUCAUCUUACCCAGCCACUUGAUGUUGCCUUUUUUAGGCCACUGAAGUGUCAUUGGCGUAUUAUAAUGGAAAACUGGAAAAAUGGGGAUGGAAGGAAUGAGUGUUCGGUACCUAAAGAUCGUUUUCCACGACUUCUCAAUAUUUUGAUGAAAAAAAUAUCAGAAAAUUGUGCUAAUAAUUUAAAAUCGGGUUUCGAAAAAUGUGGAAUAUACCCUCUAAAUCGUGACAAGGUAUUAAAUAUGUUGCCAGUAGAAUAUGAUGACCCAGAUGUUUCUGAUCAUGUCAACAGUAGUUUAAAAGAAUUUUUAAAAACUAUGAGAAGUCCUGAAACAACAAAUGUGCGUCAAAAGAGAAAAAAAUUGAAUGUUCAACCAGGACAAAGUGUUGAGGUUGUGAGGAGUUCUAAUUCUGAACAUGAAGAUCAAUCUGAUUCUUCCAGUACAGUUGACCAACCAGAAGAUGUUGUUGAUUCUAUUAUAUCCCCAGCAGUAAUUUCAGAUGAUAGCUCAGAUGAAGAAGAUGAUAGCUCAUAUGAAGAAGAUGAUGGUGAUGUAAAUAUUGAGACUUUACCACAUGUUAUAAAAUACAAUCAACGUUUUGACAAUGUCCAUCCUAUUUCUCAAAUGGCUGAUGUAAAAGAUGGAAUGUGGUUACUAGUUAGUUUCGAGGUCAUAUCAAAAAAAACAACAACUAGUAAGAAAAUUUAUAAGUAUUAUAUUUGUAAAGUUUUAAAAUGUGAUCAUGGUGAGUUUAUUGGUACAUCUUUAAGAAACAUCAAUACAAGAGACCAUUUUGGAUUUAUAUAUGGGUUCCCAAAUGUUACAGACGAAUUUACAUUUAGUUUCUUCCAAAUAAUUGGUAAGCUGGAUGACCCUAAACCAUAUAAAAGAGGUUUAUUUAAAUUUAAAAUUAACUACAAAUCAUUAUAAGUAUUUGUUAUAUAAAUUGUACAUUUGUACUUACCUAUAUUC